UCGGGACAGCGCGGAUCCGCCCGGGCACCGCUGGGGACGGCGCUGGCCCGCGGAGUUAACGCCCCGCUGGGGCGCACAUGAGCGGGGCGGGGGUGUCUGGCGCGGAUGGGGGAAGCAGCCGCUGCCCCUUUGCGCCCCUCCGCAGGGUGAGGCAGUGUUUCUCGGCUGCCGCUCACGCCCUGCCUGGCCCGGCCUCCUGCCUGCCUGCUGGUCUCUGACGGAGGGCUCUUGAUGCUGACUGUCCGUAUGUGUGUCCCCGGGCYUUUCCCGCCUCCCCCGCCUUUCCGUGGGUUGCGCGGGGGUCKCUAAGCCUCCGCGAGUUCCUAAAGGUUUGAGCCCCGGGCUGCGGGGACCCUGCCCAGGCGAGGGUGUCGUUGCGGGCACAGGGCCCGUCGGGGUGAUCACAUGCGGGGCAGCCGGACUGGUCAGUGAGAUAAAGCGAGUUAAUCUACAUGGAGGCGUGGGGGUGAUGGAAGAGCAGGGUGUGAUGGAGAAGGAGCCUGAGAUGCCUUUUAUGUAACCACAAAUAUUUUUUGUCAAUUCACAUCAGACGGUCACACGUGGCUCUGGCUGGGCCCGUAUUAUAUUUCACCGACAUUUUUCGUCUCUCUCCAAAAUAGGGCUGACUCGAGCUCCUGAGGGUGUCUCUCCGAAAAGAUGAUUCCCACUGCAGGACGAAGCGGGAAAGAGAAGACUGGAGACGACGCUUCUUGGGGCACGGGGCCCAGCGGGGGUGGCCGGCCCGAGCGGGGGCAGCGCCGAGCCUGCCGGGCAGCGUUUUUCUUCCUUCCUUCCUUGCGGAGAACAGGGCUCACUUAUUUCGGACCGAGUCCCCGAGCGGUACUAACCGUUCACCCACACAUUUUUAUUUUUUCCUCCUCCUUCUCUUUGCCUCCGUAAUGACGUCCACCAAGGGUGAAAUGAUGGAAAGUAUAUUCAUAGGCAUGAUUUCCAUUAAGUAUCAAUUAACCUGGAGCCUCAGCCAUGCGUGCACGGCGUCAAGGGUAAAUGUGCAUCUCAUUUCCCAGCGAUCUGCUCGCCUGGAAGGAAAUGACCCGGAGGGCCCGUUGGCAAGGGGCCCCGGCCGCUGCACGUUGUCGCCCUAGGGCACCCCACUGCCCUCGCUUGCACCCCGAAGACCCUGCGAGGGGCAUCGGCUCCCUCUGAGGGGCUCUGCCCUUGCSGGCCGGCGGUGCAGGCCGCGCUCCGGGCAGUGCAGCCGGGGUGAACCGGGCGGCGUCGCCCCGGGCAGCGCGCCUGCGGUUAUCGCGCGGGAUCUGCGCGGCCGCCUCGCCCCUGCGCGGCGGGGGUUUUCAGCAGCUCCUGGCGAGCGCACACCGGAGGGGGGAGCGGGGUUGCCGCGGCCGGGGUGGAUCCGGGCAGGGCUGUGCCGGGUUUUUUUCUUGCCCGAGGAGCGGCACAUGUAAACUGAAGCCAAAAGUCCCCCCUGAGCUCAUGAGCGUGUGUGUGUGUGUGUGUGUGUGCGUGCGCGGGCUGCUGUGUGCCUAAUAGGAAAUAGUAAAAGCAGUGAGGCAGGUCAUUUUGGGAGCGAUUAUAAUCCAGUCCUGGUCACCACAUACACGGAGAGCAGGAGCGGGGAGUGCACGGGCCAGCGACGGCGGCGGCGGCGGCGGCAUGAGCGCGGCGUAGAGGCACCGGCGGCGGCGGCGGCGGCGUGAGCAGCGCCCUGUACCCGCGCCCCCGCCCGCCGCUGCCCCCUCCCCGAUGAGCUCCUACUUUGUCAACCCGCUGUACUCCAAGUACAAGGCGGCGGCGGCCGCGGCGGCGGCGGCGGGGGAGGCCAUCAAUUCCCCGUACUACGACUGUCACUUCGCACCCGAGGUGAGCGGCCGACACGCCGCUGCCGCCGCCGCCGCUGCYGCCGCCGCUCUGCUCUACGGGAACGGCGCGGCCGCCGCCGGUUUCCCGCACCCCGGGCCCGGCGGGGCGGGGGGCGGCGGCGGCGCGGCCGCGGACUUUUACCACCCGGCCGGGGGGAGCCCCACGGCCGCCUACCAGCCGCCUCCUCCUCCCCCCGCCGCGCCUCCGCCUCCUGCCCCCUGCAGCGGGGUUACCUGUCACGGGGAGCCCGCUAAAUUUUACGGAUACGAUAACUUACAGAGACAGCAGAUUUUUACGACACAGCAAGAGGCCGAGCUGGUACAAUAUCCUGACUGUAAAUCGUCCAGUGCUAAUAUUGGCGAGGAACCAGACCACUUAAAUCAGAGCUCGUCUCCUGCUCAAAUGUUUCCCUGGAUGAGACCACAAGCGCCGGGUAGGAGGAGAGGAAGACAAACAUACAGCCGAUUCCAGACUCUAGAGCUGGAAAAGGAGUUCCUAUUUAACCCCUAUCUGACCAGGAAGAGAAGGAUCGAGGUGUCCCACGCACUAGGACUCACCGAGAGGCAGGUAAAGAUCUGGUUUCAGAACAGGAGGAUGAAAUGGAAAAAAGAGAACAACAAGGACAAAUUCCCCGCUUCCAGACAGGAGGGCAAGGAAGGGGAGGCCAAAAAGGAAGCACAUGAUCUGGAAGAAGACAGAGCCGAUGGCCAGACGAAUUAAUUUUUUCCCGAAAACUCUUUGUGAAAGUCAAUCAAAAAUAACCAGGGCAAAAGCCCGACAUCUCAGCUUAUCUACCCCUGUAUGUGAUCUUGCUGUGGGACGAGUGGCCCCGUGUCCCUCCGUUUGACAUUUCCCUGCUUCGGGUGCUUCACUUGUUUGUGCUUUUAUUUUGUUUAUAAGUGUAUCCGGAACGAUGUCUAGAUUUAACAUUUCAUCUACUUAUUUUUGCAAAUUUGAUACAGAGUUUGUAGCAAUAAAUUUCUAAUGAUAUAUAAGUAUAUAUAUAUUUGCAAUCUUAAAAGACGGUGAUUGUGGGAAACGACAUAAACUUCCUAAUAAUAAAUAUCAGUAAGCAAGACAUUUAACAACGCUUUAUUAAUCAAGACAAGUGCACUUGUACUAUUUUAAUUCUUGUUCUUAUGUCGAAUAAAUUAAAUGAAUUUAAUAAUCUUGAAGAAAAUAUCUUAGAAAUAUAUUUAACCUUCUUCUAUAAUAUUUGAUUAAAAUAAACCGAAUUUAUUCAAUUAUAAAA